AUGAACUCCCUGUACACCGCUGGUGUACGCCAAACCAGCUCCAUCCAGGCUGACCUUGAACGACUACGAAAUGGCGAUUCUUCUCCUGCAUUACUUGGGCAGAUUUCAGCUUCCUUGGCGGCUAUGCACCGGACAAUAGAUGAUUACGACUCUAUGGCAAAACGCGAAAUGAUAAAAGCAAAGCAAGAAAAGGCUCAAAUGCGCGUUCAGAAAUUUCGAAGUGAUUACAAUGAAUUUCGAAGUCAAUUCGAGACUCUCAAAGCUCAAGCUCUAGCAGAGCGAGAGGCGGCUCAAAGAGCAGAGCUCUUCACCGGCACAUCUCUCAGUACGUCAGGCCCCUCCUCCGACACACGACGUCGGUUUCAAACCACCCAACCCCAAUCUAUGCUACAUCCUGGUCUGAGACCGCAAUCAUCUAAUUCCUCUUUUUCGGAACACUCGGAAUCGCCUUUCCGGGGACCGACUCCGCAACUACGAGAAGACCAUGUGUUACGAGAGCAUACUUUCAUCCAAAAUACUCAUGCUCAAUUGGAUGACUUUCUAGCACAAGGAAGAGACGUGCUAGACAAUCUAGUGGACCAAAGAAAUAUCUUGAAGGGGACACAUUCGAGGCUAAUCGGGGCCGCGAACACGCUGGGGCUGAGUAGGAAUGUCAUUGGAUGGAUUGAACGGCGGAGUACACAGGACAUGUACAUAUUCAUCGCUGGCGCGAUUUUCACAUUCUUCUGUUUUUGGCUCAUCUGGCACUACCUUGGAUAA